AUGGCUGCUUCUUCUUCUUCAUCUUCUUCUGGCCUUGGUUGCAAAUACGAUGUGUUCAUCAAUUUCAGAGGGGAAGACACUCGCAGGGGCUUCGUCAGCCAUCUCUACAACGCUCUGGUUAAGAAACCAAUCAACGCCUUCAUUGAUGCCGAGAAGCUCAGAAAAGGCGACCACCUUUCUGAGCUCCUGACAGCGAUUCGAGAGUCAAGGCUUUCGAUUGUAGUUUUCUCUCAAGACUAUGCUUCUUCCACUUGGUGCUUGAAAGAACUCGUGCAAAUCUUGAAAUGCAAGGAUACCAAUAACCAGAUUGUACUCCCCAUUUUCUAUGAAGUUGAUCCGUCUGACGUUCGUAAACUCAAGAGAAAAUUCGAGGAAGCUUUUGCUCAGCACGAUCGUGAUUCUAACGCUGAAAUGGAAGAGGUUCAGAGCUGGAGAUCCGCUCUUACAAUUGCCACCAGUUUAUCCGGCUGGGAUUCGCGAAAUAUGAGUAAAUUCUAA